CAGGAUGCAAACACAAACCAGUCCCCUCCAUUUUGAGAUCCUUAAAACACAAAAGAAAAAGAAAAAUCACAAUAAUUCAAAGAAUUAAAUUCCCCUUUACAAAAAAAAAAAAUCCCAGUGUGAAUAAUCGAUUGCUUUCCCAGAUCAAUUUGCAUCCAGUAGCUUGUAAGGACCACCGGCGGUUCCCGUUUCGAUUUAUCGCGAUUGUAAUAACAACAAUAAUAGAGUAACCCAUAUCGUAGCGAGUAUAUUUUUUUUUUGUCAAGAUUCAAAAGAUGAUGAUGUCGAGUACGUAGGUACGUACGUAGAGGAUCGCUUCUGCAUGCAUGCAGGUUUUCUUUUUCUUUUUCGUUCUGAAAUCUCGUCUUCGACUGAUGUUCUCACGUACUUAAUCAAUCAAACGCCUACAAGCAAUGAUCAAUGGAUCUCCCAAUUCGGUGACCGCCAUCACGUCGUCAUCAUCAUGAGUAGCGGGAAGGCGUCGGCGCCGGCGGCGAAGCUGGAGGAGGAGCAGGUGGAGGAGCUGCGGGAGAUAUUCCGGUCGUUCGACCGGAACAAGGACGGGAGCCUGACGCAGCUGGAGCUGGGCUCCCUGCUGCGGUCGCUGGGGCUGAAGCCGAGCGAGGAGCAGGUGGAGGCGGUGAUCCACCGGGCGGCGGACGCCAACGGCAACGGGCUGAUCGAGUUCUCGGAGUUCGUGUCCCUGGUGGAGGCGGACCUCCUCCUCCUGCACUCCGCCAACUCCAAGUGUCCGUACACGGAGGAGCAGCUCCGGCAGAUGUUCACCAUGUUCGACAGGGACGGCAACGGCUUCAUCACCCCGGCCGAGCUCGCCCACUCCAUGGCCAAGCUCGGCCACGCACUCACACCGGCCGAGCUCACCACCAUGAUCCGGGAGGCCGACGGCGACGGCGACGGAUGCAUCAGCUUUCAGGAGUUCGCCAACGCCAUCACCUCCGCCGCCUUUGACAAUAACUCUUGGUGCUAGCUAGCUAGCUAAUAAUGAAGCUGCCUUUCUUCUUCGUCACCGGUCCACGUAUUUAUUUAUAUAUACACUUUCAAACGUACACACUAUGAGAUAGUAUGUGAUCAUUAUUAUACACGAACGUACGUACGUCUUCUAAGUCCACACACCAAUGUUGUUUGUAAGUUAAAAUUUGAUUCAUGUACGUAAUUUUUGAAAACUUUACCAUAUUUGAUUUAUGCCAGCUAAUUAAAGAUCGAUUUUCUUUCUUUUUCGAUAUGCUGAAACUGAUCUCUUUUGCUGUUCGAUUGUUGUUUAACUAAAAGUCUGAUCUCUAGAUGAUGAUAUAUAUAUAAUUUUCAAUGGGAUGAAUGUGAUUAGCUAUCUAGGAAUUACAUCGUCCAACGAACUUUACGACUUACAACAUAGUGACUUAUAAUCUCAAAGUGUAGCUGCAUGGUGAGAUUGUUAGAUCGGUUAGAAGAGUAAUAGAAGUAGAUCGUAUAUAUGGGAAAUGCUCGAUGGAAUGAGGUCUGUAUAAUAAAGUCUUUCUGUAAGAAGAGCAAGUUAGCUAGUCAAGUUUAUGUAGUAGAUUAGUUGGCCAGGUUUAAAGUAGAAGGAGCAUCCUUGUAUAUACUUCUUAGAAAGAACAUUUUUCACAAUGAAUUAGGUGAAAAACACACUUCGAUAUCAAAUGAGUAAUGAAAUUAUGAAGAAAUUUUAAAUGGAUAUAAUGCGGGUACCGUUUUCACAGUUUGGAUAUAUAAUAAAUACAAUUAAAAUGUUUUAGAAUAUGCACGCAUACAAUGCAAGUUGUAUUAUAGAAAAGUAACAAAAAUUAACAUAUAUCAUUUUUACAUUGGAGCCACCUUAAACAUAAUCCUAACUACGCUACCGGUCAAAACACCCAGGCCACUUUCUUUGUGGUACAAAAGUUUGCAAUUUGAUAUCCGUCAUUACGUUCAUGGAUGGAAAAUGUGAGGGUGCAACCAUGCGAAAGCGGACAUUAAUUAAUUGCAACUAAAAAAGUGUAAGGGAUUAGUAUACAACGAAAACUAUACUCGCGUACUGAUAUCUUAUGCAAUCGAAAAAGGUAUAAUUUUUUGUUGUUAGCCGCAUAUGCUUUCUUGUCUUCUAGUGCAUUUUUUAUUCGAAUUGCAAUGACAAUGUCUAUUUUACUUUGGAUAUGCAGAUGACUGAAUAUUUGGAGUUCGAUUACCAUCAUGAGUCUAUGCGUCUAUAUAGAUCCUGUUCAUGGAUUAACGAAAAAUGUGCCAAAACUCUUUUUGCCUAUGCCAUUGAGGGAGUGGUGGAUUUCUUGGAUGAGGCCCCACAAUAUAUGGGGGUGGGGGGGGGGUUUACAAGAAAGAAAGAAGUUCAGAGUGGAUGUAGAUGAAAUUUCUUACUUUGGAAUUCUGACUUUGGCUAAGGUACACUUGAAGUAUAAAUGCGACUUGACCCUGAGAUCCAAAAUGGAAAAUGACAUACAUGAAAUCAAAUCUGAUAAGGAAGUGAUGGAUGGUUUGCUUUUGGAUGCAUCCUAGACUGACGCGGUUACCUUGUUCACACAAGCUAUUGAGUCUGACAAUGGUGUGAUGGGAGACAAACGAGAGUGAAGAAUUUUUUUGAGGAGUAUUCUCUAAUGAUGCACACAAUAUGGGUGAGAGUUCUGUUGCUAGGGACAUAGUCAAAGUGGCUGACUCUAACAAUGUCGAUACAUAUGAGGAACACAAGAAUGAGAAAAUGGUCAACACUCCGGAUAAUUGUUUCGGAGAAGGGGUUGACCAUGUUAAUGCAUUCACACGUGUACUCGAUGAGGAACCAGAUUAGUUGUUUGCGGAUCUACCCUUUAUGAUCCAAACUGUGAUCACAAGCAAUUAGAGUUUGUGUGAGGAUUAUGUUCCUUAGUAUUCAACAUUUUAGAAGAGCCAUCGCCAAACAUGCAGUUGUUGUUGGGGCGAGUUUGGUGUACACUAAAUAAUUAUGGUAGGAGGGA